AUGAGCAAGGUCGGCCUGCCUGGUGUCGACGACUUCGGCAGAGAAAGCUCCCAACGUCGAUCCCUUCAUCUCGACACAGUAGAGCAAGGUCAGCCUAGAGCAUCCACCUGCAGGCUUCUCCAAUUACCCGCCGAGAUCCUCACUGAUAUCGCCGAACUUCUAAGCGAUGACAGGCAAUCGCUGGCAUCUUUUGCGCUGGUCAACAGCGAUUGUCGGAAACUUGCGCGCCACCGUCAAUUUGCCGCGGUCAUCUUCAAGUACAACUCCCGGUCAAAGCGGUUUGCUUCUAAACUUAAGUCUUCUCGGGGGCUCAGACCGGGUGUUAGUGCUUGCGUUCGUAAGGUUACGUUUGCUGCGCAUCGGAAAGAUGUCUGUCGUUAUCAUCGAAGGUUUGCCAAGGCAUGUGUUCGUGAAGGUCGCGAGGGACUUUCCUGCGAGCAAUCAUAUGCUAUUGUUGUUCAGACCCUCAGGGACGUGCAAAAAGCUGCAGCUAAGGCCCUUUCAGCAAUGCCCAAUCUUGAUAUCCUCAUCUGGAAGGAUGAGUAUUCUCUGCAUAAGGACUUAUUCGAAAAAAUAGUGCGAUGCUCGGCGCGACACUUCGAGCUGGACGGGGUAGUGAUUGAUGACGCGUGGUCUUUGGCGCCACCUUUGACGCCCUCGACUUGGCCGCUCCGGUCGCUCAAGCUCGACGUUAGUUUGGCAAAGUACGGAUAUGAGAGGAGUAAACUGGAAGGCGAGGCGCGAACGCACGCGAUAACUGUGUUUUUCUCAACCUUAUUCCGUCCCUGCUCAUCUACCCUCGAGCCCCUGAUAUUGAGUGAUUCGGAAGGCAUCGAGGAUGAUGACGUCCCCCUCUCGAUUGGGGAGACAGCCAUGGUAUUUCCUCGUCUGAAAUACCUGAGGCUACAAUGGAUCAAGCUCGACAGCGUCGCUAUUUCGUCUUUUCUCGGGGCGCCUCUCAAGUCUCUUGAGUUGGACGAAAUAGUACUACCUAGCCGCUCGAUCUCUAACUGCGAGCCUCUACGAGAUCUUGAAGACUUUACUGUUUCUCGUCCACCAAGAAAUAGGUCAGCUUGUAGGGGCAUUGCAAGGUUCAUCUCGAAGCACACUGGAUUGCGCAAACUGUAUCUCCAGGAGACCUUUGGAGGGACCAAGUACCUGGAUGAUAUCAUUCUCCCUACACUCACCAGCUACGACUUUGGUAAUCUCGCGUCGCUGCAUCUAACAUGGGGGGAAACUCGAAUCCCCGGCAAGUCCCUCCAAAUGAUCGCGCGACUUGGUUCUCUAGAGCAACUAAGUCUCAGUGCUGGAAGACCCUGCGACGGGAAAUACUUCUGGGAAAUAGAUCAUAACAAGAUCCGUCACCGCCUCAGCCCGCUCCAAAGACUUACCAAGCUGGCAUUCUCCCACGACGUGUAUCCUUGCGUUAAUGGUACCCUCCAGUCAGCAUGCUACUAUCCCUAUGACCUACGACCAAAGUCUGGGGAGGAAGCAAACGCUAUGCCGGAUCUCGAUCGGGAAGGGGAAGAAGUUGAUAACCAGAUGGAACUCGUGACGAUAUGGGAGAGGAAGCAUCGAAACCGUAUGCUUCAUCAAGCUAAGAAGAGGGAAUGUCCCAGCAUCUACGGAGAACGAAAAGAACUGCAAGACGUCAAUCCUGUUCGGCUCCAAGUCUGA